GCAGCAGCGAGGAAUUGCGCGUGCACACCGGACACUUCUCACCAUUCUCCAAAAAAGAAAAGAAAAGAGUUGACAAGAGCUUCUCCAGGACCAGCACCUUGUGGAAACAACAAGAUGGAAGGAUCCCUCGGAUCUCCGAUGAAGUAGAGCCCUCACUGGCACCCUCCCACCCUUCAUUUCCUCUUCCCUCACUUUCAAAGGGUUGCAGAAUGGAUGAGCAGAGAUGCCCCCUCCCUCACACCCUCAAAACCGAAGAGGACUACAUCCCAUAUCCCAGCGUUCACGAGGUUCUCGGGCGCACGAGCCCGUUCCCGCUCAUCCUGCUGCCCCAGUUCGGAGGCUACUGGAUCGAAGGGAUCAACCACGAGCUCAGAGAGCCACCGGAGGAGGAUCGACCGCCAUGCCCCGCCUCCCACGUCAAACUGGAGACGAACAGCACCGCCAAGAUCUACAGGAAGCAGUUCAUGGGCAAGGAACACUUUAAUUAUUACACCGUGGAUGCUGCCCUGGGCCACUUGGUCUUUUCCAUGAAGUACGAUGUCAUCGGGGAUCAAGAGCAUCUGCGCUUGAUGCUCCGCACAAAGCUAAAAACGUACCAUGAUGUCAUUCCCAUCUCCUGCCUUACCGAGUUCCCCAACGUGGUUCAAAUGGCCAAGCUUGUUUGUGAAGAGGUAAACGUGGACAGGUUUUAUCCGGUCCUCUACCCAAAGGCAUCCAGGCUCAUCGUCUCCUUUGAUGAGCAUGUGAUCAGCAACAACUUCAAGUUCGGGGUUAUUUAUCAGAAGUUCGGCCAGACGUCGGAGGAGGAGCUGUUCGGGAACAUGGAGGAAAGCCCGUCCUUUGUCGAGUUCUUUGAGUUUCUGGGCCACAAGAUUGAGCUUCACGACUUUCGAGGGUUUCGGGGCGGGCUGGAUGUCACUCACGGGCAAACGGGGACCGAAUCCAUCUACACGAGUUUCCAUAAUAAGGAGAUUAUGUUCCACGUGUCCACCAAGCUUCCUUACACGGAGGGAGACUCACAGCAGCUGCAGAGGAAGAGGCACAUCGGCAACGACAUCGUCGCCAUCGUGUUCCAGGAGGAGAACACGCCCUUCGUUCCAGACAUGAUCCAGUCCAACUUCCUGCACGCGUAUGUGGUGGUGCAGGUGGAGAACCCGUGUACGGACGAUGUCACCUACAAGGUGUCCGUGACGGCGCGGGAUGAUGUACCUUUCUUUGGGCCUGCUCUGCCGGACCCGGCCAUCUUCAAUAAGGGCCACGAGUUCCGCGAGUUCCUCUUCACGAAGCUCAUCAAUGCCGAGUACGCCUGCUGCAAGGCCGAGAAGUUUGCCAAGCUCGAGGAGCGGACGCGCUCGGCCCUGUUGGAGACUCUGUACGAGGAGCUGCACGUCAACAGCCAGUCCAUGAUGGGUCUGGGCGGGGACGAAGAUAAGCUGGAGAACGGAGCCGCCGGAGGGGGAGGAGGCUUCUUCGAAUCCUUCAAGCGGGUCAUCCGCAGCAGAAGCCAGUCUCUGGACGCCAUGGGCCUCAGUAACAAGAAGUCACACACAGUCUCCACUAGUCACAGUGGCAGCUUUACCCACAAUCCCGCAGAGAGCCCCAAAACUCCAGGGAUUUCGUUGCUUGUUCCAGGGAAAAGUCCCAGUAAAUAUGGACGCCGAGGCAGUGCCAUAGGGAUAGGAACAAUAGAAGAGUCAUUGAUCAUUCCUGGGAAAAGCCCAACCAGGAAAAAGUCUGGGCCCUUCAGCUCCCGUCGCAGCAGCGCCAUCGGCAUCGAGAACAUCCAGGAGGUCCAAGAGAGGAGCCGGGAGGUGUCCCCCAGCAGCACGAGGACACUGGAGGGGACACACUUUUCACUGGACAACAGAUCAGACAACUCCUCCAAUCACAGCUCGCCCGAAUUCCCCGCUUCCAAGAACAGGAAAGUGGGUCUUGUGUCACGCCACUCAAGGGAGAGCCGUUUGUGUUCAGCUCGGCGGCAGACGACGAUCAGGGAGUUUUUUCUGCGGCGGCGAGGACGUCGGAGCCCAGAGGGACGGACGGCCGGCCCAAGACGGAGCGGCCGUCGCAGGAGCACAAGUUCUCACCGAACUGUUAGCCACGCUCCUCUGACCACUGCUUCGACAUCCAUUCUCAGCACUCCCAUACGAGGCACCUCUCGCCCGAGAAGAAAGGUGACCGCCGGAGAGAGGAGCCGAGCGAGGAGCCGAGAGAGGAGACGGAAUCCGGAGACUUGACGGAUCUUCCUUUUGCGUGUUUUUGGAUCCGCUGACGGACGCCCAUAUGCUCCGUGGAUUUGUCCCGCCCUCCUUGAACGCACCCCUGGCAGAAAGGAACAGUCCCCCCCUCCCCUCCAUCACCACUGACUGUCCUUCCGUCAGCUGGCAGUGAGUCCGGCCCGCCUGUGAGAGUGAGCUCUGAAACCCGCUGUAUACUGUAAACAGUCAGAUGUUGUGUGUCCUCUUUAAAAAAAGGUCUGGAUUUUGAACUGUUGGGGGGGGGGGGAUUCAAGACCGAUCAAACAACAACCGUUGUUUGUUUGAAUUGUACAACAGUGUUUAGAGAGGAGAGUUGCACUAGAGAGAAAUGUUUUUUUUUCUUUUUCUGUCAACCUCACAUCCCACUGUGAUAUUGUACAUGGGUUUUAACGUUGAUGUACCGGGUGUGGGCUUGGCAACACUUUUUUGUUUUGUUUUUUUGGGACUGUUUUACUGCUGAUCUAUUCUUCUUGUUCUGAGUAUUCUGCAGUGGGUGAUCCGUGUCGUGUUUAACGACAGCUCCGAUAGAAUCUGUCAGGGCUUUUUAUCCGUGAUGCGAUGUUGUCGGUGGCUGUGAAAUCCCGUCGGUCCUUCCUCCUAUAGGUGGGUGAGAUAUACCACAGGAAAUACAUCUGCAGCCCCACAGUAAGUCUGUAGGAAAAUACAUAUUUUUUACAAAACUUACUGAUGCUUUGAUGAUUAGAAUAAGAACAUGUGUUUCCUGUAGGAGCCCCCAACCAGCAACACGCAUCCUCGAUCCACACGUCAAGAUCCUAUACUGUUCGUCUCACACACACCAUGUUGAUUUGAUGUGUGCGAGUCUGUGUGUGUGUGUGUAUACAACGGUACUGUGCAUGGUGUAAAUCUGCUUGCCAAAAAGAAAACCUGUCCUCUGGUGCCAUGCUUUGACAGAGUCGUUGUCUCUUGUGAUAUGUUUUGUUCAAAAAAAAAGAAGAAAACAAACAGCCAUCUCCAGACGCAGCAGCGCACAUUGCUGACCGAGAGCCAAAUGCCACAGUUUCCUACUUUAUUUGUAAAGUGUAAUAUAUAUAUAUAUAUGUACGUGAAUGAAGCACUACAUUUUCCCAAAAAAUGAUUUUAGAAAGUAAAAAAAAAAAAGCCUGAUUUGUUUACUGAAUAUGAAUUACACUGUGACUCCGUGUCUUGAAGUUGCCUUUUUUUAAAUGAUUAUGAGCUGCUUUGAAGGAGGGUCCCGGUUUGAAAAGGCACCGCAUCGCCAGCUGGCUUGAAUGUAAAAACUAGGCAGACGUGUAUUUAUUUAUUUAUUCACGCACGUCCGUCAAUAUGAAUAGUGGUCCUGUGUUCACUCUCCAGAAUCUUCAGUUUGAGAUGAAGGAACCAGACGGAUACGUGUGGUUUAUUUCACUCAAGUCGUAAGACUUGAUAUUUAUUGUCUACACUGAUUUAAAAGACGACGUUGACAGUGUGUGAAAAGUACAAAAGGUUUAAGACACUGGACCUGCAUGCUGUUUUCAUGGAGCGGUUAAAAACAACAAAUCACAACAUUUUGCAUCCGAACAAACAAAGAUACACUUCUUUUUGGUCAUAAUUCCACAUGUGUGUUUUGCAGCCUUUCAAAUUGAUUUAAAAAAAGAAAAAAAAGACUGUUUUUCUUUGGAAAUGCUUGAGUAGUUGAAGUGCUCCCUCUUGUGGCUCUGUGUUGUUGCAGCACAUCACUAACUGUGCGCCAACGGGCCGGGGAGUGAAUCUUCAGUGUGCUCCAUUUCAAAACGAUUGUAUUUCUGUUCAUGUCGACGGUCUGCUUAAGCCCUUGUUCAGAAACGUGUAAAUACUGCUUUGAAUCCCUUUUGUUUUUUCGUAAAUAAAGCCAACAAAAAAACCAAGUUGAAUAAAGAUGAAGCUGCAUCAUG